UGGUAUUUGACAAACGUCUAUCUUAGCAAUAGCUGUAAUAUGAUAACUCUAGUUCGAAUUCUACGUUUUUAAGCGGGUGGAUGAUGACAAAAAUCAGUAAGUUUUUGUACACGCUAUUUGUCGGAGUUGUUUUGCUCCUUUCUAUAAAAGAAACAAAUGGAUUUUUCAUUAAACAUGUUCUAUCAGGAAAGUGUAUCUAUGAUACUGGGGUAGAGUAUUCAAGAUAUCCUAGAAACAACAACCCAAUUCACCUUACUUAUUAUCUGAACCUUACUAAGAACUGUUUUGACUCAACAGCUCAGUUUAAAUUUCAUCAAUCUGGCUCCAUAUUAAAACCGAAUAGAGAAGGUUGUCUUGUGGGAGAAAGAGACUUCAAAAAGUUGUUUUUGAUAUACGAAAAGAAAGGUGACAUUGCUGCUGCAUGCAAUGACGCAAACGCUUUAAACCAAACUUUUCAAGGUGGAAUAUUUACUUCCAAUAUGUACUUUAAUGAUUGCGCAGUACCUCCAGGAUAUAUUAAAAGUCAAGUCUACAUGGGAAUAGCCAAAUGUAAUGGUGAAGAAGAUCAGCGAUUUCAUUUUGGUUCAGUGACAUGUUCUGGACAAAAGAUAGCGAACACUAAUUGCUCUAAUAAUCAAUAUAUGGUAGUAAAAAAGGCUGAAUAUCGUGGGUUGAGUAAAGGAAGCUCUUGUGGCUCAAGUUAUAACUACAGUUGUAGUGUUGAUGUAACAUGUGACCUUAAAAAUUACUGUGAUGGUGGAAGAAAAUGUGAUAUAUCUGUUGAUGAUAAUCAUUUUCCUUCGAAUAUUUGUCCUGAUUUGAACAAGUAUCUUUACUUUGAAUAUCAAUGUAACGACACAAGUACGCCACACAGAGAAAUUUGUAACUUUGAGAACGUACAUUUGUCUCAGUCAAUUUUGCCAAACAAAGGUGUCGUGGAUGUUAUUACAAAGUUUAGAAACUUCACCAUCUGUAACAAUGGUCUUUUGGCUGAAGUAAAAACCACUGUCUGUAAUCGAUUUGGUUAUCCUAGUGCACUAUAUAUAGAUAGCUGGACGUCAACACCAACAUCAGUUAAUCAUUUUUUUACACCUGGAAAUGUCGCGUGUGGUGCUCAAGUUAAUGAUUUAUUCCAAUGUUCAAUAACUCAAAACAAAAGUUGUUCUCAAUACUUGUAUGUGACAUGUAAGCAUUCUCAUUACUUCUAAUUAGCAUAAUAUUAUGUUGUAGAACAUACAUCUUCAGCGUUAGCAAAAUUUGGAGCUAAAGAAUCAUGUUGUCUAAACUAA